CGAGAGCGUUGCCGAAACACCGGAAAUGUCUUUCGGUUCUGUUCCCGCCAAAGCGACCUGUGCUAAGCGUUAGAAUGCUUAUCCUUUGACUCGAGAUCAUUCGCAUCAUAUCAGAUUUAUUCGGAAAUACGGCUCAAAGGAAUACUGUUAAGAAAACGAUACUUUCAAACGGUCCUCGUUAAAAUCCAAUCAUUCAGUGAAAAUUCUAAUUAAAUAACAUCAACGAUGGCCAAAGUUCAGCUAGCGAAUGUGGCUGUUCUCGACAAUCCUUCGCCGUUUUUGAACCCGUUUCAGUUCGAAGUUACGUUUGAAUGCAUCGAAGAAUUAAAAGAAGAUUUAGAAUGGAAGAUGAUCUAUGUCGGCAGCGCCGAAUCCGAGGAAUUCGACCAGGUUUUAGACACAAUAUAUGUAGGUCCAAUCCCAGAAGGAAGACAUAUGUUUGUGUUUCAGGCUGAUCCCCCGGAUGUCAGUAGGAUUCCGGUUAAUGAUGCUUUGGGAGUUACAGUUGUGUUAUUAACUUGUUCAUAUAGAGGUCAUGAAUUUGUACGUGUCGGCUAUUUCAUAAAUAAUGAAUACACGGACGCAGAGCUUAGAGAAAAUCCACCACCACAACCACAAUUCGACAAAGUACAACGAAAUAUCUUAGGAGAUAAACCACGUGUCACUAGAUUCAAGAUAAAUUGGGAUGAUGGAGCGAGUUCGACAACAAACAGUGUGCCAGAGGGGAUGGAUGCACAAGCUUUAGAAGAAACAUCGCAGGAUGCACCGACAUCCACGUUGGGUUUCACAGAAAAUACACAUAAUAGCAUGGAAGUAAUGUGAAUAUUAGUUGAUUUCUAAUAUUGUGUGAACAGAUAGACUCUGUAACGCAAGGAAAGAAGUAGUACCUGGAAAAAAGAAUAAAAUGGAAAGAAGGUUCAUAUAUUUGGAUACAUCAAAGAAGAAAUGUUAAAAGAUAUGGGUAGCCUUUUGUAUGUUGUACAUUAAUUAAUUUUGCUUUAUCAAGAAGAGAAGAUCUCAUAGAUUGGAAAGAAGUUACACGUGAUAAUGUCAAACUUCUAUGGGAAUGAUGUUAAUGCUUAUUGCUGGUAUUCUGUGCAUAAAUACUUGCAUUGGAGAACAAUCAAGAAUAAAUUAUAACAUGUUACUAC